AUGUGUUGGGCCUCCUCGCUGCAAGCCCACUCGACGAGUCCUACACGAGACCUCGAGGACCCUGCUACACCAGCUGAGACCAUCCUCGACGUAGACGUAUGCUUGCAAGAAGACAGUGGCCUUCAGCUCUCGGAGCUCGAAAGCUUGCCUGAGGUUUCUGGGCAGAAUGCGACGAUGGGCCUCCGGACACUGCUCGACCUGCUCGCGAACCGAACCCGGUUGCUGGUGGGGCGGCUGGGUCUGCUUCUCCUCGGUGUGGCCGCGAGUUUGUUGCUGACCGUGGUGGAAGUCCUCCGAGCGUUGAUGAAGGAGCUAGAACAAGAGUCCUGCACCAACUUCCCGACAGGGUGCGUCUACGACUGGUUGGAUGUGGGUCUCGUGCUCAUUGCCAAGUUCGCAGCCUUCGUCAUGUACGGGGCGAUGUGGGUGCUGUUUCUGGGCAAGAGUCGCAACCUCAAUGUCUGGCUGCUCAACAAGUUUCCCAAGGCACACUACACCUGGACGCUCUAUGUCAACGACGUGAAUCAGGCGCUUCACAACCAUGGCAGCGCGGGGAUGCUUGUGCUGGUAGCUUCCAUGGCGCAUGUCCUCGCGCAUGCAGCUCGUUGGAGUUACCAAUCGAUCUUGUCUUCUGCUGUCCGAUCCUCCCUCUGGAGUUGUUUGAUGAGGGAUCGCGUGACAUAUACAGGCCUCAUUGCGCUCGUCGCGCUGCUCGGGGCUGUUGCCGUCAUGGCUUUUCCUCCGCUACUCCGAACUCGAGCAGAGCAAGACCCCGGCGGGUCCUCAAACUCAAAGAUUUCCUUCACCAUGACUUACGACACUCGCAGUCGCUGGCACAACGUCUUCUGGAUGAUGUUUGUCAUCGUCUUGAUGUUUCACAUCCCCGAAAUACUUGGCGUGUGCAUGGUGGCCGCCCCUUUGUCGAUCUACCUGCUCGACGUGUGGAUCGGGUCCCGUAGCCUCUGCAACAACUCGCACAUCCUUGCAGCAUCUUGCAGGCAAGAGCCUCAGGAUCUCAGGUCGAUGCCAGCGGAAGCCUACUGGAGGUGGUACUGGAACGAGCGAGCAUCGCAGCAAGAACAGAGACUGGCACAAGAAAGCUGGAGCAAUGUCACCGUCUAUCACAACGUGAAGCAGCAGCCGACUUUUGUCUCUCUCAGAGUUCCGAUGGCCUCGCAAGGGUGGAAGGAAGUGAUGGGAUAUAUGUAUAUCCGACUCGUUGACGACCGCUGUGACCGAAGAUGGCACGUCUUCAGCGCCAUGGAAGAUCCCGACAAUGAAAGCUGCGCUAUGUUGUGGGUAGAUGUGUCAGACGACAAGCGCGACUGGUGUUGGGCAUUGCAGAAGCAAGUACUAUCUCUUAGCUACACCGCCAGCAAGCUCGAGUUUCAGAUCCAGGGUCCGUACGUCAGCCCCGUGCAGACUUUUCGCUAUGCCUUGAAGCGUGCUGCAGUCAAGUUGCAGGGACUCAAGGUAUCGGAGAUCUUGACUCGCGAAAGUUUCCUCGCAUUCGCACAGGGGAUCGGAAUCACUCCUUGUCUCCGAUUCCUGCAGGAGUUUGAUGCAAGCUUCCCCGAAGUCGAUGUAGUUUGGCUUGUCCGGAUGGCGCAGCUUCCUCUUGCCCAGCAGGCUCUUCAGGUCAUCCACAAGGCGGUUGGUGCUGCAGAGCAUGAUCUAGCCGCUGCACAGCUACGACAGGUACUACGGAUUCAUGUUUUCGUGACCGGCACCGCAAAUUCGCAGACGUCUCACUGUGUCUUAGCUGGGCUGAGCACAUCAGAAUACGUGCGAGUCUACGCCUACAACAGGGAGGAGAACCUGAUCACAGAGGUCAGUGAGCCUCCCUCCUCAGGUGAGAAGCAUCAUUUUGCGCCUUUUCAGUCGCCGCAGAAACUUCACACGGCGACUCGUCCCUCCUUGCCCGAUAUUGGAUGUCAAACACUGCCACAGUCAACGCGGGCACUAUGUACUCUUGGAAAGUUCAACUUCGUGCAAGAAGCGCUUGAUCUUGCUGCACGAGCGCGCGACCGUCGGACCAGAGCAUAUGCGAUGACUUUCUAUUGUGGAGGGAACCGAGGCGUGGCUCGCGAUUUGAGCAAGCAUAGUCGGGUGCGUGGACGGCUCAUCUCGGAAUUAUUCUCUUGGUGA